AUGGCUAAAAGGAGGGUAGAAAUCGCAUUACAAGAUGAAAUCAAUGAUCAAGAUAGCUGGAAUUUGUUUCUCGAAAAAGAUGGUCUGAAAAUAAUUGAUGUCUAUCAAGAAUGGUGUGGUCCUUGUUCAGCAGUUGUUGGACUAUUCAAGAGACUAAAAACAGAGAUCAAUGAUGACUUGUUACAUUUUGCUGUUGCGAAAGCUGAUAGUAUUGACUCAUUGCAUUUGUACAGGGGAAAGUGUGAGCCUUACUUUUUGUUUUAUGGGGGUGGUUGCCUUGUGGCUGCAGUCAAAGGAGUUAAUCCUCCAGUCUUGGAAAAACAUAUUGUUGAUAAACUUAAACAAGAACAUGAUGUAAUGAAUGGCGAAGCUAAAAGGGUUGAGAUCAAAGAUCCUAUGCUCCUCGCUAAAGAGCUUGAAGAAGCUGAAUUAAGGAGAAAAGAGAGGAGGAAGAAGAGGUUGAACAGGAAGUUACAAUUGCAGUACUCAAGCCUGAUCAGAGUAUUAGUGUGCGCAUUAGAAGGCAAGCAAGGUGUUAUAGAGGAGUUAAGAGGUUUGAUUGGACCAUCAAUUAUUGAAGACGGUGUAGAUGAUUAUUCUGAAACAAUAAGAGCAAAGUAUGCUAGUGGAAGAGUUAAAAACGCUAUUCAUGCUGCUGACUCUAAAGAGGAGGCUGCAAAGGAACUGGCAUUCUUCUAUCCAAAUUUUGAACCACCCAUUAUAACAGUAAAACGUGCUCAUCCACUUCGUGAAAGACACGAUGAAAAAUAUGAUGAUAUUGAUAAAAAAGGCCAAAUAGAACGCACAGUCGCCUUGUUACGUCCACAAGCUUACGAAUUAUAUAAGGAUAAAAUUCUGGAAGAAAUUAAGAGUGCUGGAUUUACAAUAGCAAUGCAAAAAGUGAUACAAUUAACUAAAGAACAAGUAGAAGAUUAUUAUAAAGAGCAUAGAGGAGAACCGUAUUUUGGCGAGUUAACAGUUGUAAUGUCCAGUGGUCCAUGUUUAGCCUUACUUUUAGCCAGAGAAGAUGCUGUUAACAAAUGGAGAGAAAUGUUAGGCCCAACAAAAGUUGAUGAAGCCAAAGCUACAGCUCCUGAAUCACUUCGAGCCCAGUUUACAAUGAAACCAUCAGAAGAUGCCUCUGAGAAAAUCAGUGAAGAUAUUAAUCUUUUACAUGGUUCAACUGAUGCAGAUGAAGUGAAAAAAGAUUUAGACUUCUUUUUUCCAGUUGAAAAAACAAUUGCGGCUAUUAAACCAGAUGCUUAUGCUAAUCGAGAUGAGAUUAUUGAAAAGAUUAAAUCAGCUGGUUUUCAUGUAGCAGCACGCAGGGAUACAAGUCUUUCAAGGGAAUUAGCUGAAAAACUAUAUGAAGAUUGUUCGGAUAAACCAUUUUAUGAAGAUUUAGUAAACCAUAUGAUCAGCGGUCAAACUUUGUUUAUGGUCUUGACCAGAAGGGAUGCAAUAGCUGGCUGGCGUCAAAUGAUGGGACCAACAGAUCCAAAUGUAGCAGCAGAAGAAGCACCAGAAAGAGAUGGCGGUAUACGUUCUAUAUAUGGUAGAGAUAUUCUUCGUAAUGCGGUACAUGGUUCAUCUAACAUAGAACAAGCUCAGCGUAUUCAAGAAUUAUUAUUUGAAAAUAUUGAAAUUAGUGAUAAAAGCCGUACAAUAGGUGAAACCAUCGAUACUGAUAAAGAUCAAAGAAGUGAAGAGAUUGAAAGCACGAAAGGUAAAGAUGACUUUGAAGGUGAAAAUGCUGAAACGAUUGAUGCAAAUGUUGAGGAACAAGAGGCGGAAUCAGCAAGAGUAGAAGCCAGUGAACAAAAAGAUGUGGAAGAAGUAAAAGGUGAAUCCGUUCUUGAAGCUAAAGAAUCUGACAAAGAAAAUCUGUCUAACCCAGCAGAAAUACAACAUGAUGAAAAUAUGCCAAAAAGUCCUGCAAUAGAAGAGACUCAUCUCUCUGCAACAGCUGAUAGCAAUGUACAGCCUGAAACUGCUGGUACAGACUUACAACCUGAACAUAAUACAUUAGCGGAAACUACAUCUGAAACAAUACAAAAUGCAGAAAAUCUAGAGGCUACACCGGCAAAUGUUUCCGAUGCUAAAUCAACGUCAUCAAAUCAAGCUAAAAAGUCACUACCGAGACUACCCUUAAUAAAGAAUAAGGCGAAGUCGACCGCUGCUAAAUCAAAAGAAACAAUUAAAAGUACAAGAAAGCUUCCAUCUAUUAAAGGUUCGUGA